AUGACUUCAACAGUAGAGCAAGUGCCAAUUUUGGUCAAUCAAUAUGUGGCUGCUUCAGGAAACGAUGAGCCAUUGUGCCAGAGCUAUGUUCAAAAAGUGAACGAUUUGUUUGUCGCUCACAAAUUGAGCUUAUUACAGUUUAUCCGAGACUUGGGCCAGACAUUAACAUCUGAUAAUGACAUGAUCAGAAGCAAAGGAUUGGAGUUUCUAGCCCGUGUCUUGAGCAAAAUAUCUCAGGAUCAUGAUAAAGAUAAAGAUAAAGAUAAAGAUGAGAAUGAAAAUGAAAAAGAAACUAAAACUAAAACUAGAAAUAAUUUAACACGACAGGAUGUGGGUGUGAUGAUCAAUUUCUUGCUCAGUAAGUUGGACGACAAAUUGAGCUUGAUACACGCGUUAAAUGGAAUCAAUUCGUUGGUGCGUUCCAAGGCAUUUGUAUUUGACUUACACGCCGAAUUGAUCUUGGACAAGUUGAGCACUGCAUACGAGCCAAGAAAGAAUCUUGCUAAAGUACGGUACGAGGCUUUUCAGAUUCUAGAGAGCUUGGCUGAUCUUUAUAUGCCAUUGCUUACUAAACAACCAAUCUGCGACCACUAUGUACGCACAUUUCUUCACAUUGCACUGGGGGAAAAAGAUCCACGUAAUUUAGUGUCGUCAUUUAAAUUGAAUACUACCAUAAAUCAGAAUUUCAAAUUUAACGAUGAUAGUGACAAUGAAAUACUGGAGACGCAUAAGACAUUCAUUAGUGAAUUGUUUGAUACAUGUUUUUGCUAUUUCCCUAUAUCGUUCACUCCACCAGCCAAUGAUCCUUAUAAGAUAACACCCAAUGAAUUGAAGGAGAGACUAAGAAAAACUAUUGCAUCGCAAUCCAAGUUUGCCCCCGAUUCCUUCCCCAGCCUCAUUGAGAAAUUGGCAUCAACAAACCCUUCCAUCAGAAACGAUACCUUAAAAACAAUAAAUUUGUGUGUACAAGAAUAUGACGUCGAAGCUAUUGAUGCUCUGUGGCUCAGUUUGUGGAACGCGUUGAAAUUUGAAAUUCUACACAAUGACAUGAGUUUGUUCAAACCGACAUCAUCCGAUAUUAUACCCUCAGACUAUGUGGAAAUCGACGAUAAUGACGACAUAAAGGUGACUUUUCAAACCUUGGACAUUCUUCGAAACAUUGUAAAAAAAUUGGGAAAUAACGCAAGUCAAAUGUUGCAAGUUGUGAUUGAGGAAUUGGUACCAAAUUUGGUAAGUGGCUCCAAAAGUAGACCCUCUGUUGUCUUAUUGGUGGUUGUAGGAAGCGCAAAUAACUCCGGCUACAAUAAAUUACUCAACGAGUUGUUCCGUCCUCAAGUAUGGGGUAAAUAUUUCGGUGUGGAGAGCCAGGAAUUAAAGAUUGAAGGCGAUGAUAUUGGUGAGAGGAAUGCGAUUAUGGAUAAGGGCCAAAUCGAGGCUGAUGCAGAAGAUAAAAACGAAGAGUUUACUUUGAAUGUGGCCAUGCAAAGAGAUUUGGUGGACAAUUUGGGGUUUUUAUUGAUGGUCCACCCCAAAAACGAGCAAACAGAUUUAGUAAAGUAUAAAGACCACAUACUCAUUUUCUUAAACCAAAUUCUCAUGAACUCCUCGGACUUGGAGCGAACAUUAAAAGUGAAAGCAGUACAACAAUCAAUGCGGUUAAUCACCAUUCCACACUUUUUAACCACCGCCAAUAUUGAAUUGAUUUUGGACAAUAUGAAGGAGAUUAUAAUCAAAAAUGUUGUUGAUGAUGAAAAUUAUUUUAAAACAAACGUGGUGGUGGAUGAAAUCACUAAAGGUUUGUCCAAUGUAAUGCAGGAAACCAACAAUCCAACAAUUACAACCUUGGUUGUUAAUAACAUGAUCAAUCCUUUGCUCAACAUGAUUGGUGAACAGAAUAAAUUUAACAACAUUGAUAGUGACGAAGAUAAACAGGGAGAAAAGAGAUUAAGAUUUAUCCUUACACUUGUCGGGGACAUGUGUGUCAAUAACCAAAUCCUCGAAGUAAUUUCAAUUAGGUUAAUCGGUAUGGGCUCCAUUGAACCUCGUCAAUUCUGUAUUAUUGUUGAGCAACUCUAUGUUUUGAUCGAGAAAGUCCAGCUUAUAAAGCAGUUUUUGACCACGUCAUGGUAUGGCAAUUUUGUCCCACGAUUUAUGCAAAUGGUCAAUAAAAUGGUUGAGAUUGAUAGUCAGGAUUAUAUUUUGGUUGAAAAAAUUGGUGAUCUACUUAAAAUCAUCAUUAGAUUUAUUGAUAGGGCAAAGCACCAGCAUGUUCUCGACGAGGCUUAUCAUGCAUUCUUCACUUCCACUUCCGAUGGAUCUACAAACACGUUUCAAUAUAACUCAAAUUUGAUCGAAACUCCCACGGCAUACAUUAGCAUUUUCAACAAAAUUUUGUCUGCAAUUGACCGUUCCUGCAAGCUUAACACUGCUUCAAGUCUCGAUUCUGUGACCAGGUUAAUUCCUACCUUGACCAAUGAGUACUUGCGGGUUCAGUACCUCCUCAAUUUAUGUUUGCAUAUCAAUAAAUUCGUUCUGGACUCCAGUGUCAUCGAUAUGGGUAUCGAGACAGAUGAGUUGGAACAAUUAGACAAAUUUGAGAUUUAUUUGUGGAAAUUGAAGGCAUUGGUAAUGAGAGUCGAUAAAGCUGGAAUAGAAGGUCUCAGCCAUUUGCUCAAAUUAUUCAACUCGUAUGAAACAAGCAUACUGAGUAGACAGUUGAUUGCCAAAUCACUAUCCGUUUUGUUCAUUGAUACGAGUAUUUUUACAAAUCCACCACUACCUAAAAAGAUUAUAUCCAAAGUUACCAACCUCAAUGUGAAAUUGUUGUAUAAACAACAUCUAUUUGAGAUUAUAUUGCCAUACUUGACUUUGGAUAUCGGUGAAACUGAAGCUGGUGUUGACUCCCCGAUAUCCGAUUUUGAUUUGAAAUUCUAUGCAUUGGCAAAUAUUUGUGAGAAUGUGCCCACCAAUGUUUUGGCUCCGCAUUUGGCGGAAUUAUCACCUCUUGUGUUGAAAGCAUUGAAGUCUAUGUCGACGACAGUGGGGUCGGAAGUGUCUCCAAUAGUGAUUAAAUCAUCUUUACAUAUAUUAAGAAAUAUUCUUGAGCAUGGCGACAAAUCGACGAUUGAUAAUUUGCACUUGGAGCUUGGCGACUUACUUUCCAUUUUGUUGAAGUUAUCAACGAGAGAGGAUAUAGAAAAGAGUGAGUCUUCAAAUCUGGGAGAAGAAAUUCGUCGACUUGGCUUGAUUGAUCUAGGGUUAAUUUUCGAUAAAUUUGAUUGCGAAAAAUACAAGCGCUCGGUUUUAAAGAGUUUGGAAAAGUGUUUGGAUGAUCCAAAGCGGUCAAUUAGAAAGUUGGCGGUGGAUCUCAGACAGACCUUGUAUGAAAUGAGGUAA